AACACAGUUGCUUUGAAGUAUUCGUUCCCCGUUUGGAAAUCAAGGAUCCAAUUUUUGUGAAUUUGAGAAUUCAAGUACAUUCCAAUGGAGCCGUACAGAAUGCACACAAUCAAAAUCCUCUGGUUAUGCUUCCAACUAAAGUUGUGAAAACUUUCAUAGAUACAGACAGAGGGGUAUACAAACCUGGAGACAAAGUGAAAUUUAGAAUAAUCGUUCUGGACCAAAAACUUCUUCCAGUCAGCACCAAGAUUUCAGAAAUAAAAAUUGUUAACCCUUUAGACGUUACGGUGGCCGUUUGGGAAGAAGUCGUUUUGGAUAACGGUUUGGUCAGCCUAGAAUAUGGAAUGGUUCAAGAAUCUAUGAUUGGAACAUGGAAAAUACAAAUAUCUGGAAAAUCAAAGUCCUUUGAAGUAUCAAAAUAUACUCUACCUCGAUUCAAAAUCAAUUUAGUGUAUCCUCAGAUUAUUUACCGCAAUACAAAAUCAAUCAUCAUCGAUGUAUGCGCCCAAUAUUCCUAUGGGAGAAAUGUGGAAGGUCUGGCUUUUGUCAAAAUAUUCGAUUCUCUGGGACACAUGCGACCAAUACAUGUACUGAAGGAGAUGAAAGACGGAUGUGGAAACUUCGAGUUCACAUCUGAAGACCUCUUGUUGGCCCAAGUGAAUGAAAAAUUAAUCACCCGUGAUCAAAAAAUGUUCGUUCUAAUAACAGCAACAGUAAGUGAACGGGGAACAAACAGAAUCGAGCUAGCAAACGCAAGAUCGCAGGUGAAACUGCAAGCUUAUUCCAUGAAAUUCACGAGCCAUCCAGUUUUCAAACCGGGACUUCCUUAUCAUGGAAAACUUAAGUUCAGCGAUAUACAUGCGGAUCUUAGCAAGGAGUUGGUAGAAAUAUGUUACAAUAUAGCUAUAAAGAAGAGCUGGAACUAUGUUAAUGAUGAACAAUGUUCCAAUUUUACGGUUGAUGGGAGAAACAUAAUACCUUUCAGUAUUCUACCGAUGACGAGCAAAGUUAUUCAUAUGAAUUUGAACGUAACAGAAUUAUUUACCUCCGAAAUAAAAAGUUCAUCACAAAUUUUCAAACUGAGAAAAAUUAGGCACCAAGUGAAGAAAUUUUUUCCAGACUAUCUGCAUACCUUGAGAAAUAUCGUAGGUGGAAGGCAUUCCUUCUCAAAACUCGGAACCAGCUUUGAUAAUUUUACGUUGAAGUUCAAAUUAGACAAGAGAGUUAUAACCAAUUACCAAUUAUUGGUUUAUUACGUGACAAGAACCGGUGAGACAGUUGCUGACACAAAAAACGUAAAUGUUGAACCAUGUUUGAUGAAAGUUAAAGUAAAGUGGAGUCAAAAACUCAUGGUUCCUGGAGCAACAGCAAACUUGAGGAUUGAUACCGGGGCACACUCAUGGUGUUCUGUUUCUGCGAUAGACAAGUCAACGAAGUUUUUGUCGACGAAUCACCGUACUUUGAGUCUCGCAGCUUUGAUUGAAUCAUUUGCUUUUAACGAAAAGAGCGAAUUUCAUUCGGAGAGACAAAAUUGCGUUAUGCCUGAAAGGAAGAAAGUUAAAGUUGCUACAUUAUCUUAUGAACCUGUCAUCGCAAAUGAAACUGUCGAAAGGACAAAACGUCAUGUCUAUUCAUUCUCUGAAGAUUUUGAUGCCUAUGACAUUCUAAAUAAUUUCGGUAGUUUAAUUAUCACCAAUUUGAAAUUAGUAACAAAAACAUGUUACAAUGGUCCCCUACUGAAACACACUAAACAAGUUCAGUUUCUAACAGAUCAAUAUGAAAAUCAGGAUGAAGACCAACUGGUUUCGAUUAGAUCUAAUUUUCCGGAAACUUGGAUAUGGGAAUUAGUACCAGUACGGGGAUCCGUUCAACUGAAAAGACACCUACCUCAUUCAAUCUCAAGCUGGACCACAAAUGUGUUGUGUAUUUCAGAUGUAGAAGGAAUCGGUUUCAGCGAAGAGACUGAAAUAACUAGUUUUCAGUCGUUUUUUGUUGAUAUUCUCGCUCCACACACUGUCAAAAGAGAAGAAGUAUUUUAUUUAUAUGCCCACGUAUCCAAUUAUUGGAAUCAUAAAUUUCCAAUCAGGAUCACUCUGCAAAUGUCCACAGGUUUGGAGCUUCGCGAUGAAGGCGAAAAACCGUCUGUGUCUUUCUGCUUAUCGGAAAAUUAUACAAUCAGUCAUAAAUUUCCACUAAAAGCAACUGAAUUAGGUACCGUCAAUGUUAGUGUCACUGCCAAAACAGACCAUCAAUUUCCAUAUGACUGUGGACCAGAAACUAUUCUCUCGAAGAAAGACAGUGUACUUAAGAAAAUUCUAGUAGAGCCUGAGGGAUAUCCAAUGAAAGAAACAAAGUCGGCGUUGCUAUGUUCAGAAGAUUCAUCGCCUCCCACCAAUGUUUCUUGGUAUAUUACAGUUCCUGCAAACAUAAUUUCAGAAACAUUCAAAUCUCACAUAAGUUUGAAUGGCGAUUUACUGGGAAAAACUAUCGAGAAUUUAGAAGACCUACUAGAUGUUCCUAUGGGAUGUGGUGAGCAAAUAAUGGCAUCUGUGGCUCCAAAUUUGUACGUUUUGCGGUACCUCAAUGCAACCAACAAGUUGAAGAAAUCUGUGAGGCAGAGGAUUUUACGGAAUUUGAAGAUAGGAUAUCAAAGAAUACUCAAUUACGUUCACAAAGAUGGAUCAUUUUCUGCCUUCGGUUACCACGAUCCUAUGGGUUCCAUGUUUCUGACGACCUUUGUUGUUAAAAUCCUUCAAGAGGCCAAAGAGUACAUAUACGUCAAUCAGCGAAUAAUUGACAAAGCUGUUGCUUGGAUCUUUGAAAAUCAACUCGAAAAUGGUUGUUUCAAUACGAUGUUGCAUGUUUUUCAGGACAUGGGAGGAACAAGCAGAGAAAAUAGUACCGCCGGCUUGACUGCAUACGUGAUUCUAAGUCUUCUGGAAGCCAACAUUGAAGUCCCCAAGCUAGUUCAAACCGAUGCCAAAUAUUGUAUUCGCAGUCAGCAUAAUCCUGAUAAAUAUAGUUUGGCACUGUCAUGUUACGCAAUGUUCAAAUUGAGGUGGUACCACGAAGCAGAUAAAACACUGAAAAAGCUUUUGGCGGUUUCUGAUCAACACCAAAAUAUGAUGUGGUGGAGCCAUAAAGGAAAUUCAACAUCAGCAUCAGAUAUUGAGACAACAAGCUAUGCGCUAUUAUCGCUGCUACAUCAGAAUACAUCGGAGAAUAUGGCAAAUGCACUCGCAGUGGUACGCUGGCUAUCUUCCAAAUUUGAAUCUAAGGGUAGCUUCAAAUCGACUCAGGAUACAGUUGUAGCCUUGGAUGCAUUAACAAGAUACUUGGGAAUGGUAAAGUCGGAGUAUUUGAAUCUAAAUCUGGAUGUUGAAACAACUUAUGGCAAGCAGAACUUGAUGAUCUCUGAUAGCGAUGUACUAAAAUCCAGAAGGAUCAAUUUGAAGCAAAACAGUGGACAAGUUACUAUAAAAAUACGUGGCAACGGAUGUGUUCUGGCACAAGUAGGUGAAUAAGAAGCAUUUUCAAAUCAUUUAUUGAAGUUUCAAAAGGUCGCUACAUUGCAUCUGUUCUUUAACAAUAUUAAUCAACAUUCCUAUGGAACAAGAGUUUCUACUAUUGAUCAGUGUUCGAUUACAAGUUUAUCCCCCUGUUUAGCUUAUUCGGGACCUGACGGAAUUUCGAAUAUGGCUGUCAUGGAAGUCUCGUUACCUACAGGGUAUCAAGCGGAUCGAGCUUCUCUAUACAAAUUAGUGGAAUCGACGGAUUCGUCAGGAAUCAAAAUGUUCGAAGAGAAGACAGAUAAAGUUAAUUUGUAUUUCACAAAACUGGAUAAGAAACUCUUCUGUUUCACAUUCAAUAUAAAUGAGCACUUCAUAGUGGAAGAAAGGAAAAAUUCAUACGUGAAACUUUAUGACUACUACAGACCCGAAAAUGAAGUUCAACAAGUUUACGCGAUGUUGACAAACUGUAGUAAUCAUUUCAACGCAUCGGAUACUCCUGACAUAUUUGAAUUGGAUUCCAUGCAGGACCUGGGUUCGAAUGCAACAGUUUUGGAAACUGACACAUCCCUCGUUUAAUGGAAUCUCUCAUCACGUGGAAGUCCAAUUCCGGAUAAUAGAAUAAUAUAUGAAAAAUGUAUUUGAAUAAAAUAGUUUUAAUUUCUA